GUCAUUUCACGAACUCUUCGUGUCUUCCUCUCCACGUGCCGCCUUCUCGUCCGUGUUUCUUCCGGCAGCUUCACGGCCUCCUCUCCUCCUCCACCUGUACCAUUCGUCCUCUCUUUUGUUCCAUCGAACUCUCCAGAAACCCUAGAUCUUCGUCGGUUUCUCCGCAUGAAACUCCGGUCGAUCCACUACCAUAGUGAUCCUCAAGUGACGUUUUUCCGACGGAGGAACUUCUCGUCCUUUGGCUGGCUCCCUCGUACCCGAGAUUCGAUCGUCCUCCACUGCCACCAUCGCUGGAGGAGCCGGAGGCCUCUGGUAGUCUUGCGAGUCCGUGCCUCUCUCGACGACCUCUUCCGCGACCUCAUCUCCGUCUUCCCCUCUCCAACCUCGCUCGACCUCGUCUUCACCCCCGCCAUUGGAUUGGCCGCAGGUGCCUCUCUCUAUUUCUCUAACCUUUGGAAUCGAACUCUUGAAGCGGAUGCCGUGGUCGGCGAUUGGGUUUUGUUCACGAGCCCGACGCCAUUCAACAGGAGCGUGCUCCUCCGAUGCCCAUCAGUUUCCUUUGAGGACGGCGGCGUUCUUUUGGAGGGAGUAAAUGACAUGCUUCUGAGAGAGGAGCGGCACUACGUGAAUUUGAGCCGUGGGGGGAUACCUGUCUUGAGAAAGCAAGGAGAAACGAGGCCAGAAGAGGAAAUUCAAUACCAGAGGCUCUGUUUGAGGACCGAUGAUGGUGGAGUGAUAUCGUUGGAUUGGCCAGAAAAUUUGGAAUUACGGAAGGAGCAUGGGCUGGACACGACGGUGCUCAUUGUGCCGGGAACUCCCGAAGGAAGUAUGGGUAGAUGUGUCAAAGCAUUUGUGUUUGAUGCCCUCCAACAUGGUUAUUUCCCCAUUGUUAUGAAUCCAAGAGGAUGUGCUGGUUCUCCUUUGACGACGCCAAGGAUAUUCACAGCUGCUGAUAGUGAUGAUAUCUUGACAGUGAUCCAAUUUGUCAGCACAGUAAGGCCCUGGACAACAAUGAUGAGUAUUGGCUGGGGUUAUGGUGCAAAUAUGCUUACAAAGUAUCUUGCUGACGUAGGAGACUCAACUGUUUUGACAGCUGCUGUUUGCAUAGAUAACACAUUUGACUUAGAUGAAGCUACAAGGUCAUUUCCUCAUCAUAUCACUUUAGACCAAAAGCUCACAAGUGGAUUGGUGAAUAUUCUACAAGCAAAUAAGGAGCUAUUUCAGGGAAAGGCUAAAGGCUUUGACGUUCGAACAGCCUUAUUAGCAAAGUCUGUUCGGGAUUUUGAUCAAUCUAUAUCAAUGGUUUCUCAUGGUUAUCAUAAAGUUGAGGAGUUCUAUUCUAUGGCUAAUACAAGGAACUCAAUUGGCAACCUUAAGAUUCCUGUUCUUUUUGUACAGACUGAUGAUGGGACAGUACCAUCUUUCUCUAUUCCACGUGGCUCAAUAGCAGAAAAUCCAUUUACAAGCCUCAUUCUUUGUUCUUGUUUGCCAUCCACCAUUAAUGCAGCCAAGAAUUCUGCUACCAUUUGGUGUCAACAGCUUGCUAUUGAGUGGAUGUCAGCAGUGGAACUUGCUCUUUUGAAAGGUCGCCAUCCUCUUUUAAGAGAUGUUGAUGUCCCAAUCCGUCCUUCGAAAGCCAGUACAUUUGUUGAUGAGGAAACACCAGAGGAAAGAUUUUCAAGUAGCAAGAAUGGGCAUUAUGAUUCACGACAACUAUAUAUAGGCCAGAAGACGGCAGAUAGAAAUACUUCAGGGAAGCUUAUCCAACAAAAUUCUGUCAAUGAACUUAUCACUUAUCCAAUUGAUAAUGCACUUAAACAACUCCAUACAAAAAAUUUAGGCGAUAUCAAGGUUAAUUCACACUCAAGGAGUGAGUUAAGGAAGAUGGAGAGUCACCAUGAUCAGGAAAGUACUUUUGAGUUCAAGAAUGAUAGUGAAGCUACUAUCACAAACGAAGAUGAUGAAGCAAGCAAGGUUUUGCAAACUGCAGAAGUUGUCAUGAACAUGCUUGAUGUUACUAUGCCUGGUACUCUUAAUGAUGAACAAAAGAAGAAGGUUAUUUCUGCUGUUGGGAGAGGAGAAAAUCUUAUGAAAGCUCUUCAAGGAGCUGUCCCAGAGGAUGUCCGUGGAAAGAUCACAAGUGCUGUUACUGACAUUGUGCAAACUCAUGGAACAAAAUUGAAUUUUGGAGGACUUGGUAGAAUCGGUUGGAUUCCUGAUAUCACAUCAAAGGUAAAGAUCCAAGACACAGUAAAAGAUAUUUCAGUGAAUGAGAGAGAAUAUGCUGGGAGAAAUUCAGGUGCUGACCAGGAGGGGAGAGUCCCAGGUGAUCCAGCAAAAUUAACCUCAGUGAGUGGCAUGCAAGAAAACCUCGAAUUGUUGGAACAAAGAAGUUCUCAAUCACCUGGAACGCCUGAAUCUGGAUAUGAACCCAGUCAGAAUAAUUAUACAGAAAAGACCAGUUACCUGGUUGAAGGGGCUUCUGAUGAACAGCACAAGGUUAGUUACAGCCAUGGAAUAAUUGAUAGGUAUACUGAAGAUGAUAAGGUUCCGAAUGAUGCCCACGAUAUUCCAAAUGGUGAAGAGAAGAAGCCAGCUCAAAAAGAAGAGCAAAAUUUGUCAGUUUCAGCAUCUAAUUCUGAACAGUCACUUUCAUCAGGCAUUUCAAUAUCAGAUCACCAAGUUAUUCAACAAGAAGUCAGUGAGUUCCAAAAGAACGACGAGAAAGGUGGUCCAGAUUUGCUUCAAACUUCAAAUGGCACUGCAGGACCUUCUGUAAGUGUCACUCAGGCAUUAGAUGCCUUAACUGGAUUUGAUGAUUCUACACAGAUGGCUGUUAACAGUGUUUUUGGAGUUCUAGAGGAUAUGAUUGAUCAAUUAGAGAAAAGUAGCAAUGAAGAAGAUCAUGAAAUGAAGAAAGCGGAGGGUGAGGGAUCUCAAGUUAUUUCAGCUUGCCAUUUUCCUAUCAAAUCAGACAAUUGUGAAAAGAUAGAGGAAAAAGAUAGUGGAUCAAGUGAAAAAUCAGUUGUAACUGCAUCCAAUUAUAAGUUAACUGAGGUAGAUAUUUACCCUAGAAAGGUUAUGGAGAGAAAUGAAAGUAUGGCUGGUGAAGGAAAUACUUUACAAGUUGAUUCUUCUGUAACUAAAAUUAGCAAAAUUGAUCCUUUGCAGAAGUGUCCUCUAGAUAUCAACCGUUAUUAUUGGGGCUCACCAUAUGAAGCCUGUCUCCAGAUGUAUUUUGCUUCUCAGUAUCCAAGGCCAAACCCAUCUGAUUUAGACAUGACAACUGAUUUAUUCCUUGACCCAGAAAAAGGCCAAUGGAAAAUGCCAGACCAAGCAACAAGUUUAGGUAGUAACCAGGAUGAAGCCUGGAAAGUACCAACAACUAUCAAUCGUCAUAAUGAAAAUUGGCAUCAAUCAGCAAAGCACAGUGAUAAAGAUGAUGCUAUUGAGACAUCUUAUGUAAUUGUAAAUCCACAAGAUUCAAAACUUAAGGGCCAAUCAACUGAAAGUAUACAUAUCAAGGGUGGUUUGGAUGCAUAUAAGGAGGUCACAUUGUCCUUAGUAAGAAAUAGUUUAUUUGAUGCUCUGAAAGUUGAAGUUGGUCGAAGAUUGAGCAUUUCUAUGUUGGAUGAAAUUGAAGAGGUUCUUGUAGAUGACAUGAAACUAGUUGUUGAUAUGGUAAGCCAAGCAGUUAUUCUGAACCAUCACUUAAACUUGAAACCAUUAUCAGAGAUUGGUGACUUGAGAUUGGUAAAAUUUGGUACAUUAGGAGGAGGAAGCACAGUGCAAAUAAUAUCUUCUGUUGUUGAGGAAACUAGAUAUUUGAAGAAGGUUCUUCCAGUUGGUGUAAUUGUUGGUUCAUUAUUGGCGUCCUUGAGAAAAUAUUUCGUAAUUGCUGCCUUAGAUGACAAACACAAAGAUUAUAAGAAAGUUGGAAAAGUUGAAGACGAACAUUUGUCAGAAGAGUAUGCCAGUAAUGAACUUUAUGAUGAUGAAAAGGAUCUUGCUCAUGUUUGUUCUAGUGGUGAGGAUAAAAUGACCAAAGUUAAUACCAAUCAUGAUGGAGCCAUGUUUGGAGCUGUUACAGCUGCCUUAGGUGCUACUGCAUUAUUAGCACGCCAGCAGCAAAAGAUAAGGGAUAAUGAGAAUCAAGUAAUAGAACCUCCUUCAAGUGUCAAUGCUGAGAAAGGAUCUCAAAAUGUUCAGCCUACAAGUUCCGAGGAGCUAUCACAAGAGAAAAAUCCAAUUAGUAUUGUGAGUAAUUUAGCUGAGAAAGCCAUGUCUAUCGCUGGACCUGUAGUGCCCACAAGAGAUGAUGGGGAAGUGGAUCAUGACAGAUUAGUUGCUGUUUUAGCAGAACUGGGACAAAAGGGUGGAUUGUUGAAAUUUGUUGGAAAAAUUGCUUUGCUUUGGGGUGGUUUACGUGGUGCUAUGAGCUUGACUGACAGACUUAUCUCAUUUUUGCGGAUUGCUGAGCGGCCUUUGUUGCAGAGGAUUUUCUUGUUUGGCUGCAUGGUUCUUCUACUAUGGUCUCCAGUGGUGGUUCCCCUGCUCCCAACACUAGUGCAAAGUUGGACAAUGAAGGCUUCUAAUGUAAUUGCUGAAUAUGCUUGUAUUUUGGGCCUCUAUGUUUCUAGCAUGAUCCUUGUUGUACUUUGGGGUAAAAGAAUACGAGGAUACAACGAUCCCCUUGAACAGUAUGGGCUCGAUCUCACAGCACCCAGGGUCUUUGGUUUUAUGAAAGGUUUGGUUGGAGGAAUGGUCAUCGUAAUGUCUGUGCAUUCCGUAGAUGGAUUACUUGGGUUUGCAAGCCUAUCUUGGCCAGCUCCCACUUCAUUUUCAGCUAGUCCAGUUGUAUUGGUGAAAUCAUUUAUCAAUGUAUUGCUAUUAAGCAUUCGUGGAAUUUUAACAGCUACUGGUGUUGCUUUAGUAGAGGAAUUGCUAUUCAGGUCGUGGCUUAUUAAAGAAGUUGAAGUUGAUCUUGGUUAUUACCCUGCCAUCAUAAUAUCAGGAAUUGUGUUUUCACUAAUCCAUUGGUCUCUCCCUUCAGUACCUGGUUUCUUCUUGUUAUCUUUAGCGCUUUUUGGAAUUAAACAAAGAUCUCAGGAUAAAAUUUAUGUUCCAAUCGGGGUGCGUUCUGGAAUAAUGUUCACCAAUUUUACUUUGCAAACUGGUGGCUUCAUCAGAUAUGAGGCUGGAGCUCCUUCCUGGUUAAUAAGUAGCCAUCUUCUGCACCCAUUUGAUGGAAUUGUUGGCCUUGGUGUAUGUUUCCUAUUGGCCAUUCUUUUCUUUCCAAAGCAACCUCGGGAAAAGAUGCAUUGACAGGAAGAAGAGCGGAAGGAGCAUCAAUUGACUGAUCUAGUUCUCUCUAACAUUAAAGCCCGUGCUUAUGAUAUAUUUACGGUCUAGUCAGUAUUGAGUUUCUUAGGAAGCUUUCUGAGAUGAGCUACCAGAUUGUAGACCAUUAUUGGAAAUAUGACAAGCUUCUGGCUAUCCUAUAUUACAGGUUACUCCAAAUUUUCUGUUCGUGUCUUGUUCACUGCUUAUUUUUUCUCUUCUGAACAGUUUUCAAAUAGUUGUUUUUCUUUGUUUUGGUCUGCACUACACAAUUGGGACUUGUAAGGUUAUGAUGUAUAUGUAGAAGGUGAAAUGCGAAUCCAAGCUGGCAGAGAAUAUUAUUUUUUGUACUAGCAUCCAAAUUUUGGGUUAAAGUAAAUCCUUCGGCCAUAUGGACGUGUCUUGGCUACAGUAGUUAAUGAGCUGAGAAAUGUGCACAAUGGAUCUUUCGAUUUUGAUGGUAUCUGGUACUCAUUUUCUUAUUGGUUUCAUAUAUAAGCUAGGAAAACAGAGUUGAUGAUGGAUAAAAACAACCAAUGUGGUAAGACUUGUAUGACUUUCUACUCUGGUUGUCGCCGCACUGUGAGACGAUAAGAUGUUCACGAAUAAGAUGAUGUUCUUAAGCUGGUGCAAUUGACUUGUUGCUAUAUAUAUGUUUACAUGUGACAAUGAAAAGGUGCGCCAUAAUUUUUGUUAUGGUUUCUUUCUUGCAUAGCUAGAACUGACAUAAUCAUGGCAGUAUAAGCAUGCAAUUAUCUUCAUGAACUGUAGGUAAAAGUAAAAAAAAAACCUCAGGUGCAUGAAAUAUGCAUUCUUGUUAAGGCACCAAUUCGUACAACGCAGGGAGUCUGGCAUAUUUUGCAAUUGGCAUUCUAUGUUUCAUAAUCUAAAGCAGCAGUUAGUGCGUCAAAGUAUCAUAUUGUUGGCCUCAAGUAGGAUGAAGAGUCAGUAAUGCGAAGGCCUCACUGCUGGGAUAAAGGAACAAGAGGAUCUUCCGAGGUCAUCAACAUGGAGUAGCAAGCAUCCUGUACAUUUGGGUUGCUGCUCUUCGUUGCAGAAAGACUCAAGCUAAGCAAGAUUUUCUUUGUCAAAUUCUGAAGAUAACCAGCCGCUUAAGGGGAACGACUCCGGACUUUAAUAUCACUGCUUGGGAAGAAGAGAGUCGAUGAAAGGAAGGAAAAGAAGAGGUUAAUUUGGUGGAACUCGUUUGAGACAGGGUUAUGUGCCGGUGCACUGAACUAUCUGGAGCAGAUGGGUCUCAUGUUUUCUGACAUCUUCCUCCUAAACAUCGUCGCCAUUGUGUUUGUUUUACUUUUUGGUAUAAGAGAUAAGUGA